CCGGCUUACGCGAACGCCUCCGGAUUUCGAAUACGCGAACGCCUCCGGAUUCGAACUCGCGAGCCGCACGAGCCUCCCAUUCACAAACAGAGGAUCAGCUGAGAGAGGGAAAAGAAAUAGUUACGGAAACAUGCCCAUUUUAGAUAAAGACCAGAAAGCUAAGGGCACACCGGAAAAGAAGGUAGGCAUCCACACCGACAGCAGAGGAAACGGAAGUAGUGAACAACACAGCAAAGGCAGAAGGUCAGAAACGCAAGAGGAAUGAAGAGUCCUCCGAGGAACCAAAGCAGAAGAAGGGGAAGAUAAAGCCAAAGCAGGGUGGGGUGAAACUUGAAGGAGAUCUGCUGAAGAUACACCUGAAGCGGGAGGAGGAGAACUGCGCACGAACUCUCCUCAUCAGUACUAACCCCCCAACCAUCACAGGAGCUCUGUCGGUCAGAGUCAGGCAGAUUGGCCUUUGCACUGCAGAAUUCAAAACCAAGGCUGAAGCACUGAAGAAAAAGGCAGAAUUGGAGAAACAGGAAGGAAUCAAGUUGGUAAAACACCCAGAGGUCAAGAAAGGGGACAGAAUGGUGAAUCCUAUGAAGUUAUACAUUGAGCAUGUGCCAGAAGAGAUCACAGAAGAGGAUUUGAAAGAGGCUUUCCCUACUGCUAGAGCAGUCAGUCUUAAUUCUGAAAGACGGUAUGCCAACCCCACCUUCGAGACAAAAGAGGAGGCGGAGAAGGUCUUCAGGGAAAAGGAAAAUUUCAAACUCAACGGGAUUAAGUUGGCCGUCCUCUUCAGCAACAAGGGUUAGGGGCCAUGCUAAAUCUAACUGGGAAAUGGAUGAACUUCAACAAACUGGGCAACUUGUAUAAUCAUAUAAUAGACUGUAAGAGUUGAUAAGAAUUACAGAUAUUCUUGGCUUUUUGUUAUUGUUUGGUAUAUGUAGAUUAUAAGAUAUAGGCCAAAGUGUGAACGAUUUGCUGAUGUUCAUUUAUAAAAUGAAUAAAUAGAAAUUAUGUUGUUA